AUGAUGGUGGAAACGCACCGCGCGCCACCGCCCCGGUGUUUGCGUGCGCCCGAGCAUCGUACGAAGCCCUCCUCCGCCUCAGCACCGGCCUCGCUCUCCGGCAGCGGCACCAUGAUGCACCUCCGUCGUCGCAGGCACAAAACUGUCCAUUUCGGCGAAAACCUCCUGAUGCAAGUCUGCGCUGAUCGCGCUCAUCUGGCGGCGCUAGGAGCACGUAUUCCCGACAUAUCCUUCUGCCACAAAGCCCACACGGGCGUAGAAAAAGGGGACGCGCGUUACUGUUGCGUCGCCCACCAUUGCUGCUUGGCGUCCGGAGCGCUCGUGGCCUUGGCUAAUGGCCGACCGCAGCCGCAUCGCGACAGAAGCAUAGACUCGCAUUCGAGCGGAGGCGAACCGGAUAAAGGUGAAGGCGAAUCCGGAGCCAAAGAGACAAAGCGAAAGCACAAACACCACCACCACCACCAUCACCACCAUCAUCAUCACAAAACUCACACUUGCCCCUACCACGACGUGGCGCCUCCGCCGGACGAACCAGAGGAGAAGCCGGUCACGCCGCAGAAAACUGUCUCCCCGUAUCUAUACAUACCGAGUAAAUUAGAACCGAACGUGCAACAGUUAUUUAGUUUUAUUGAGAGCGUGCUUAGUGCUUGGGCGGCUGAAGAAGGUCUGACAAGCACCGGGGAAUACUCCGAACCUGACGAGCGAAUCGUUCGCCGGCGGAAACUCCACAAGUACAAGAAACGCACAGAUGUUCUCAAUAUUAGGCGCAUUGCUUACGAAGUCUCAAUACUCCACGGUGCUAAACUGCUGGGCAACGUACGGUUCCGACACUAUCACUGGAAGGGUACUGCUCAAACUUGCAAUGAAUCUUUUCUGACGAAGAUAUCCGACGAUGAUCGUAUGUCAUUGACGACGGCCGUGUCUGAUGAAGAAGACCCUGGUGAGAGCGCAAUGAAUUCUCCGUACAAAGGGAAACAGACUGGUGCUGCAGCGGCGUCCUUCAAUUGCACAGGAGCUGUCAGGAAGGCUGGAUUCCUAAGCGUUAAAAAGUGGCUGCUAAGAAAGAAGCAUCAGAUCGAGCUAGCAAGGAAACGCGGCUGGAAAGGAUACUGGGUGUGUCUCAAAGGCACCACGCUACUGUUCUAUCCGUGCGAUUCUCGUGAGGGUAGAUCGGUGGAAGCCGCGCCCAAACACCUCAUUAUAGUUGACGGAGCGAUAAUGCAACCGAUUCCAGAACAUCCCAAACGUGAUUAUAUAUUCUGUCUGAGCACAGCUUUCGGCGACGCGUAUCUAUUUCAAGCUCCGUGCCAGGUGGAGCUCGAAAACUGGGUGAAUAGCAUACAUAGUGCAUGCGCCGCGGCGUUUGCCCGCCACCGAGGCAAGACCGGAACGCUCCAUCUACUUCAAGAGGAAAUUUACCGGCUCGAAAAAGCCAUAGAAUCGGAUCACAAAUUGAAACACAUGGCAGACCUACAGCAGUCCGUAGUUUCUGACCCGGAAACACGAGCUCAGUUGGCAGUGCAAAUGUUACAAUGGGAAGAAAAUCUUGAACGACUGCAUUGCGAACAAUUCCGGUUGCGAUGUUAUAUGGCUAGCCUGCAGAGUGGCGAACUUCCAAAUCCCAAGUCUUUACUGACACACGUAUCCCGCGGCACGAAGAGCACUCUGAACAAGUUGGGCGUGUUUACCGUGUCUUCGUUCCAUGCGUUCAUUUGUGCCCGUUCGCCCUCUCUGCUUAACAAUUUGCUGGCGGGCAGAGGGGCCACUAAGCGAAGGGCUCCUAACUUGUCCAGAUCUAAUUCUGGCUCUAGCCGGCGGUCUAUGCAGAUGUCACGUGAAGAAGGUGAGGCAGCUGUGCGCGUGUCCCUCCCGGAGGGAACCACGGCCACAGUGGGGGUCCGUGAAGGGAUGUCCGUUGAAGAGUUCCUAGCAUCAGCCUGUGCCCGACGAUCGCUCAACGCUUUAGAGCACUUCGUGAGGGUCAAGAAACGACGGGACAUGGAAGAUCAUAAUUACUUUGUGCCCCAUCGGUCUGAUCUCAUUGAGACUUAUUUGCAUACACACGAAGUGGUGGAGGUUUGCGCGAAGAUCCUAUACCAAGUAGAACUGCAGCGCACAACUUUGGAACAAAUGUGGGGCUUUAGCGUGGAGGCCGAGCUCAUUGAGAACGCGGAGAGACAAGACGAGCUUUGUUGUUACGUCAGUCGGGUUGAAGACAAGAGCGUCGCAAUGCAAAAUGGUAUCAUUAAAGGUGACGAGAUUAUGGUGAUCAACGGCGCCAUCGUGUCCGACCUGGACAUGAUGUACUUGGAGAGCGUGCUGCAAGAGGAGCUCUCCCUAGUCAUGAUGAUGAGGUCAUCCCGUACGGAGCCCCCCGAGUUGAGCGGAGCGAUGCGCGCGGCCACCGACGACAUAAUCGAUUCGCUGGUGUGUCCGCCGCCGCCCACCGAUCCGCCCGUCAUCUCCGAUGACAUGAUAUCGGGUCUCAUCGUGCCGGCGCCUGCAUGGAGCAAGGAACUAUACAGCCCCGAGACGGAUGGCCACGCAGACGCAACGACGGGACCACCGAAAGUCAGUUCUCGAACUAACUCAUUCGAGAUCGAAAACCUACUCAAGUGUGGGGAUGUACGUCAGAGCGCGGAGCAGGUGACAGGGUGGUGUCGCUCCCCGGCCGAGACCCGACGAGCUAGCCCGACCGGUAGCCUCACUAGCGCCGCCGUUACCCCCUCGCGCCACCUCUCGGACGCCGACAAGCUCAGGAAAGUGCUCAUGGAAUUAGUUGACACAGAACGCGCCUACGUCAAGCACCUCAACAAUUUACUGGAGAACUACCUGGAACCGCUGAAGAAGGAAACUUUUUUAUCGAACGCCGAAAUCAACGCGCUGUUCGGAAACAUCCAGGAGAUUGUAACUUUCCAAAGACAGUUUCUGCAAAACUUAGAAGAAGCGCUUGAAGCGGAACCUAACUUUCAUCAUCUGGAGUUUUCAAACCAGUUCAAGAACGUUCUCUUCGCGGUGGGAAAUGCAUUCCUUUAUUAUGUAAAUCACUUCAAAUUAUACAGCUCGUUCUGCGCCAGUCACAGUAAGGCUCAAAAGGUCUUACAUCCGAACGAAGGUAAUCAAGCGUUACAAGAGUUCCUCGCGGCGCGCAAUCCAAAGCAACAGCACUCCUCAACUUUGGAAUCGUAUUUAAUUAAACCAAUUCAACGAAUACUCAAAUAUCCGUUAUUACUUCAACAACUCCGAAAUUUGACUGAUGUCAACUCGGAGGAACAUCUUCAUUUAGUCGAGGCUUUGAAGGGGAUGGAGAAAGUCGCGGAGCAUAUUAAUGAAAUGCAGCGAAUCCAUGAAGAAUACGGUGCUAUAUUUGAUCAUUUGUUUAGGCAGCAUCAGAAAUCAUGCAAGCAACCUAUAGAUCUAAGUCCAGGUGAUUUAUUAUAUUACGGAGGCGUAGAGUGGUUGAACAUUUCAGACUUCUUAGGAAAAAUUAAAAAAGGAUUAGAAUUGCACGCUAUGUGUUUCGUAUUUAAAUCAGCCGUUGUCUUCCUCUGCAAAGAAAGACUGAGACAGAAAAAGAAAUUAAUGGGUGUUUCAUCAAAGAAUAAUUCAAAUGAAGUAGAAAUAAUUAGAUAUCAGGUACUAAUACCGGUAACCGAGGUGCAAGUGCGAGCUUCGUCUGCCAAGGAUAUGGACAGCCACUUUUUGUGGGAGCUUAUACAUUUGCGAAGUCAGCUGCAGCGGCGUUCGGAGAAAGUUUACGUUUUAUCUAAUAGCACGGCAGACUUCCGGAAUGCAUUCCUUAAGACAAUACGUCAGAUAAUUCGUGAAUCUGUAAGGAAUAUGUCUCUACCAAGCUCAAGGCCAGCACCUACUCCGCCGCGCGCGCCCCACACGCUGGAUCGGCCCAAACAACAGGUACAGGUUAUGCAGGGAUCACAGACGUUAGGAAAAACAAAGAAACCAAAGACGUCGGGACAAAGACUGUCUGCUGGAAACAUCGAGGUGGGCAAUUUGUCCCGAGAGAAUUCUCAAGACGCCGAGGAUACACCGCACGAAGUUGAAGAUCAAUCAUUUAGGCUUAGAAGCAAAACAGUCGCCCCAGAGAUCAUCAAGCGUGCACCCCCUCCGCCCCCAUCAACGGAUACAGACAAGUCCGAGGGUGGAUCGAAAUCGGAGGGGGAGGAAGAGUUGCCCCCACCACCAACGAAGCGAGGCACAACGUCAACCUUAAGCGCAGGUAGCACAGGCAGCCAAGCGCGUCUCAUCCAGUCCUCGCAUCAGCCCACACAGUAUCAACCCACAAUGGUCAAAGAGUUAGGUAAGCACGAGUCACAGUCGUUAAAAUCCUCUCCCGAACGAAAGUCCUCUACAGGGUCCGACAGAAAAGUCAAGGUCAUCAGGUCGGGCAGCGGAAGUAACAUCACAAGAGAGAGAUCGCCGAAUAGGUGCGAUCGCGCAUCGCCAGAACGAGAUCGAGUGGCCAAAGUCAUAAUUUGCAAAUCUCCAAACAAAUCUAGCUUGAAACAAACAAAAUCCUUGCACCGUUCGCCGCGAGGCAGUUUCGAUCAAUCCAAAUCUCCAACUAUAGACAAGUCACGAUCACCACAACAAAGCUUCGAUGGAACGAAGUCCCCUCGAGGUAGCAUUAUGAAGUCCCGCGAGAACAGUAUUGAUAGAUCAAAGUCCCCGAAGCCGGUCCCUAAGAAAGGUAUCAUGCGCACACCACAAGCCAGCUUCGACAAAUCUCCUUGCAAAUCACCAAAUGUAAGUAGACGUUCUUCUAAAUCCAGUGGCGAAAAGCUAGCACGUCUUGGAACAAACUCAUUGGAUAGGAUGACUCAUUAUUCCCAGUUGGCGAAGGCUGAAGACAAAGCAAUUAAAAUGGGCAUCGUUGUGUCUAAAUCGACCGAAUCUAUCGCUAAGGCUUUCGAGCGGCCCACGUGCGUUGAAUGCUAUCUGUCUGGGAAGAAACAGAGUAAGACCUCUUAG